AUGCCUGGAACUGAACGUAUUGGUCAGGAUCUCGGGGUGAUUCUCGUGGCGGCCACUGUCAACCAAGCCCUCAAACAUUUUGGGAGAGAUGGUGAGAUUUCAAUUGUCAAAAUCAAGCUCAAGAAUUUCGUUCUGGAUUUGAACAAACUUGCCACCGCCUACAAGGCCCGAUUUACUGCCAAUAAGUACACUACGUAUUUUGACAAGGAAUUAUUGAUUAGUGUAGUGAAAAACUGCGUUCCUCUUGGAAAAUUCGUCUCUAUAACGUCUGAAGAAGUUAUCAUCACAGCUACCAACUUUGAAACUGACUUAAAAACAGCCGUGGCUACUGCUACGCUCAACUAUGCUACGCUUUUAGUAAAGUAUAUCAACGACAUCGAUAAGAUUCGCAGCCAUGUCCUGGAAGAAAGAGCUGAAGCUGGCUUGGAUAAGCUGGAGAAUGCAGAAGUCAAGGAGGUAGAAAUACAGAGUGAAGCAGAAAACGAUGAAGCAGAAAAUGAAGGUGAAAAAGAUGAUAAUGACGAAGCAAAUGAAGAGGUAGAUGAUAAUGAAGAAAAAGAAGCAGAAAAAGAAGAUGUAGAGAUGGAAGAUGUUAAAGAAAACGACCCAAUAGAUGAAAAUAUGAAGGAACUUGAGGAAGAAAACGAACAUGCUGACGCGGAAAAGACAACACAAGAAAUAAAACAGGACGUUGAAGUUGAAAAAGAGGAAUCAUCUUCGGAGUCUGAAAGUGAAGAAGAGGAUGAAGAGGAAGACGAAGAUGAAGAAGAUGAAGAAGACAAAGCAGAAGCUGAUGCUUCCAAGGAAGAAGUUGUAGAAGUCGAAAAGAUCGAGGCUCCACAAUUGAAGAGUCUUGAUGACAAUGAAGUGAAUGACAUUAAUAUAGAAGAGGAGGAAGAAGAAGUAAGUGUGGCUGAAGAUGAUGAUGAAGUGGAAGAAGAAGACCAUCAAGAGGAUCAGAAGAAGAUGGAAGUUGAGAACAAAGAACAAGAAAACUACGAAGAAACUGCAGUUGUAGAAAAAGAUGAACAGGAAGCUGCAGAAGAGAAGAAAGAAGUAGAAGAACAAGAAAAGGAAGAAGCCGAGGAUGAUGGCGAGGGGGACGAAGACGAUGACGAAGACGACGAAGAAGGUGUAGAAGAAGACGAAGAGGAAGAACAGGAAGAUGACAAGGAAGAAAUCGAGCAAGUUGAGAAAGAAAAGGUAUCCGAAGAAGAUGAAGAGGAUGUUGAAGAAGUCGAUAAUGUGGAAUCCCAACAAGUUAAACAGAAUCUGGAAACAUCUCAGGAAAGCGAAUCUGAAGUGAUAUCUUCUAGAGAAGUUAGUUUAGAGCCAAAGCAAGAACCACCUUCUAGAAAACGAUCUCGUUCACCUACAGCCACAGCACAAAGAAAGAGAUUCCAGAAUAUAGCUGUUAAUCUAAUUGAUAGCAUACUGGCCCACCGGUACUCGCUGCCAUUCUUACAUCCAGUCAGCAGAAGAGAUGCUCCUGAGUACUAUGACGUCAUCAAGGAGCCUAAGGAUUUAAAGAAUAUCUUGAAAGCGGUCAAACUGAAGGUUGAACCUCCGGAGUAUUUGCUGGUCAAACAGUUGGAGCGAGACAUCAUGCUUAUGUUCGCCAACUGUGUGAUGUACAAUAAGUCAGAUGAGGACUUGGUGCGGUUAACAAGAAGCAUGAAGAAUGAGGUCAACAACAUCUUCAAGAUGUUUGAGGAUGCUGAACUGGAAAUGAAGUGA